AUGACUUCGCAAAUUGAUGUGGCCGUGGCAAUGAAUACUGAGACUGCGGGAGACUCGUUGAUGGUGUCGUCAGGUGCUGCGAAUAAACAAGCUCAAGAGAUUGACAGUGAAGAUCAAACUGUUUUACAGCCAGCAGCGGAUGACGUGGACUUUGUUCGGCAGGAACGUUGCUCGCUACAAACAGCGAAGCAUAAUGCAACCAAUGCUUUGCAAGCUACAGUUGCAAAUGCUGAUCAGUCAAUGGAGAGAAUUGCACACGUAAAUCUUGAUGGUGACUGCUCAAGUGUCAAGAGAGAAAGCCCAAAGAGUGUUAACAACGAAGAACAAGUGAUGGAAGAGGAGGAGGAUGCCAAAAAACGGGCGGGCUUCCAAACUACUCCGAGCAAGUCCAAACAGAGCGAAGAGUUUUUUCGAGCUGUGUAUCGUGCUGACAAGUACAAGAUUCGAGAAAUGCUUGAAGAUAAUGUCGUUGAUGUCAACGUUGCGGAUCAGCAUGGCUGGAGUGGUCUGCACUGGGCGGCAUCUCAAAAUCACGGCGAAAUGCUAAAUUAUCUUUUACAAAAAGGUGCUGAAGUUAACGGUGUCGACGAGAUCAAUGGUUGGACUGCUCUUCACGUGGCCAUUGUGCGCGAAGCUGUCUCCUGCGUCAAUAUUCUUUUAUCCUCUGGUGCUGACCCUAGUAUUCGGGACAAGUACAACGAUACCGUCAUUGAGUGUCUGCAAGCUGCUAGUAAGAAGAACAAGCGCAAGAUGUUGCAACUCUUGCAUGAAGCUCGCAGCAAAUAA